CGUAAUCAACAAUUAGGCAAGUACCAUUCCUUAAUUUGACUGGUAAAACUCUUCAAUGUCCUUUUAUUGUCAUUUUGUCAAAUGUUAAACUAGUUUUCCUCCCUCUUCCGUAAUAUGUAAACUACUUUCAAAUUCUCUCUCCUUGUUUCUCUCUUUCUCUGCAAAUGAAGCCCCUUUUCUUCCUUACAUUGUCUUUGAUUUUCAUCAUUACUAUAGUCUUCCUCUGCCCUCCUCCGUCUGUGCUUGCUAGUGAUGCGCAAUAUCAAAACUGCAGCACAACAUUUCGGUGCGGAAAUAUUACAAACAUUGGCUAUCCUUUCUGGGGUUCGAACCGACCCGAUUAUUGUGGCAACCCCAACUUCUGGCUUACUUGCACUGACCAAGCUGCCGAGAUCACCAUCAAGAAUUUAACUUACCAAGUUCUUGAAAUCGAUAGCCAGGCAAAGUAUCUUAAGGUUGCUAGAAAAGAUUAUAUAGGAGACAUCUGUCCUAACCUCCUCAUCAACGCCACUUUGGACUUCGUCCAUUUCAGCUAUGCUUCGGAUGAUAUUCAGAAUAUAACUCUAUACUAUGGUUGCUCCACGUCUUUUACCCCAACUACCAUUUCAUGGAUUUCCAAUCAGUUUACUUGUAACUUAAAUGGCAGCAAUGGCAAAGGUUUUUACGCGACAAGGAACAUUGACUUCAGUAAUGCUACAAUAACCAAUUUAUUGGAGUCGUGCAACAAUAGUGUUAUCGUUCCAGCAACUCAAUCAGCUGUUGAGACUUUAGAGAAUAGUCUAACCGAGGAGAAUUUGGUUAUAGCUCUGGAGAAAGGUUUCGGAUUACAGUGGGAAGCAAACAAUCCCGUUUGCGAGACGUGUACACUUUCCGGUGGGACAUGUGGUUACAACACAACUACUAAUUCAUUUGCUUGUUAUUGCACUGAUCAGCCUGCUGAUCAGUUUAGUUGUAGAGAAUCUAAAACAAAUAAUCCAUCUGAAUCAUCAGGGCUUGCAAUAGCAGCUGCCUCUGUAAUCACCUUUUCUUUAGGAUGCUACUGUUGUUUCAAAAGGCAAGGAAUUUGCAGCGGCAAAACAAUGACAUUGCAAUGGAAGAAUGCAAAACGAGAAGAAAAGAUGGAGACAUUCUUUAUGAACUAUCAUAGUCAAAAGCCAAAGCAAUAUUCAUAUUCAGAUAUAGAGAAAAUGACAAACUCAUUCACGCAAAAGCUAGGGGAAGGGGGAUUUGGAGGUGUCUACAAAGGAGAGUUGCCAGAUGGUCAUUCUGUCGCAGUAAAAGUCCUAAAUAAAUCUACAGGCGAUGGAGAAGAAUUUAUCAACGAAGUAGCAAGUAUUAGUAGAACUUCCCAUGUAAACAUAGUUUCUCUUUUGGGGUUCUGCUAUGAAAGGACUAAAAGAGCUUUGAUCUAUGAAUACAUGCCCAAUGGAUCACUAGAUAAGUUCAUAUGCGGUCAAUCUUCUGAGCUAGGAUGGAAAAUAUUAUAUGACAUUGCAAUUGGCAUUGCUAGUGGUCUAGAAUACUUACAUCGUGGUUGUAAUACCAGGAUUGUGCAUUUUGAUAUAAAACCUCAAAAUGUUCUUCUAGAUGAAGAUUUUUGUCCAAAAAUCUCAGAUUUUGGUCUUGCAAAGCUAUGCAACAAAAAGGAAAGUAUACUUUCAAUGCUGGGUGCAAGAGGGACUCCCGGAUAUAUAGCUCCAGAAGUAUUCAUGACAAGCUUUGGCAGGGUUUCAUACAAGUCGGAUGUGUAUAGCUAUGGAAUGAUGAUUCUUGAAAUGUUUGGAGGAAAAAACAAUAUUGAUUUUGGAGCAUCUCAGGACAGUGAAAUGUAUUUUCCGGAUUGUCUUUAUAAGCGUCUCGAAUUGGGGCAGAAUUUUGUGCUUGAUGAGAAUAUACAAGUUGAGGAAGAACAGACAGUCAUCAGAAGGAUGAUCAUUGUGGGAUUGUGGUGCAUCCAAACCAGUCCUUCAGAUAGACCAUCAAUGACACGUGUCUUAGAGAUGUUGGAAGGUAGGCUUCAGCCCUUGCAAAUUCCACCAAAACCUUUGUUAUUUUCUACUGCUACACCCAUGGAGCACUCCAGAGCAACGCAUCUGUGGUCACAAAGCAAUCAAGAGGUGGUCUCGUCAUUAGCUGAAGUUGAAUUAGCACCCAAUUCAAAACAGUAAGUGGUAAUUAAUCUGCAACUUCAGAAUUAGAGAUAAGAAACAGGGAUUUAUCUGGUGCUUGUAAGAGCUUAAAGAUAACUGUUAUCUUCCAACUUACAUAAGAUCCUUUGCAUCUCAGACAAUCAGAUCUGACAUACAAUUUUGAUAUAUAGAAAAUUAGAAAUCCCAUAUAUUUGGUUUUGGUAUAGCAAAGGAAUGAGCCUGCCUUUCACGUAGCCAUCAACACCCAUCCUGGCGAGAUGGAAACAGUCCAAGCACCCAUACCAGCUUAUUUCAGAUUAUAAUAAUUUAAGUAUGAUAACUCAUGCUAGCUUUUAAACCCAUUCUUGAUCCUUAUCUAGGCUAGCCAUAUUUGUAAAUUUUGUUCUUACAGUGUCCCUACGUAGCCUUUUCUUAAUCUUUUUUUCGGGAAUUCUAAAAUUUACAUAUAUGCAAUGACAGAGAGCUAAACCCAGAAAAUAAGGAGGCUAAAUAUCAAAUUUAGCAUAUAUUUGUAUAAAUAUAAUAUUUUACCCAUAAAAAUAUAUAUCGAAUUGGAACCCCCAUAAUAAUACAAUACAAGCACAUCUCGAUAGCUUUGUUUGGAGGACAUCAGCACCUAGACUUUUUUAGUCCCCAUAUUUCUGUUCUCUCACUCUCUCUAAACCCUAAUCACUUCCACAUUUCUUAAAGAUUUACAAACUACAAGACAGAACUUAAGUACAUGAUGUUUAGAACGUCUAAGCUAUAUUGCAUCAUAUGGACAAUGCAAUUAGGAAUUGGGAAAUUCUGGCAGAAGAAACUACUAAAUACCACAUCAACCUCAAAGCAAAACUCACCUAACAAGCACUACACAGUGAACAGAGCAAAAUCCCUAAGUUAACAUCCCUGAAUA